AUGGACAGAUCGGUCUACCUAGCCUUGUCCUGUUUGACAUUCUACUUGCUCUGGCGCCUGACUCGCCGAACAUCGGACCGCAAGCUGCCUCCAGGCCCCAAAGGGCUCCCGCUGAUCGGAAAUUUGUUCCAGCUCUCGAACGACGUCUGGCUCCGUUUCUCAGAGUGGAAACAAACCUAUGGUCCGAUUAUACAUCUCAACAUCGCCGGCCAGAGCGUAAUCGUGGUCAACUCGCAUGAAGUCGCGACGGACCUCUUUGACCGACGGCACCAAAUCUAUUCCGACCGCCCCCGAAACAUCGUCGCUUCCGAGAUCAUGAGCGGGGGCAUCAUGAUUGUUUUCACUCCGUACGGCGACCUGUGGCGGAGGAUGCGGCGCGCGGCGCAUGAAGGGCUCGGCAAACGUGCAGUGGCCACCAUGAACACCAUCCAGACCAGGGAGGCUCUCCGACUCGCAAACGACAUGCUAAGCGAUCCGGCGCAUUGGGACGAACACUGCGUGAGGUAG